AUGGCUGAGCUGCUUAAGAAUAUAGAGGAAAAGGAGGAGUUUUUUUAUUUGAGUGGAGAGUGUGUUCGGACCUAUGUGACAAAGAGGCAUGAGAAAAUUGAUGUGGUUUUGAAAUCUUUUUUGCAUCCAUCGUAUAGUGGUGAAAUGAAGGUUAUAGGGUUAGAUGUUGAGUGGCAUAUGUCAAAAGAGGAUACGAUGAAUGAAGUGGUUCCCAUAACCAAAUGCGCCACUUUGAAUCUUUGCAAUGGAUAUUCAUGUAUUAUUAUUCAACUGCUACAUUUCGAAUCUAUUCCCGCGUCACUGCUUAAUUUUCUUCGCAUGCCGGAUUAUAUUUUCGUGGGUGUUGGUAUUAAAGAUAAUUUGGAUAAGUUGGAGAAACAGUGUGGGAUUAGAUGCAAAAAUGCAGUGGAAUUGGCACCCUUGGCUGCUACUGUCAUGAAGAGGCCUCGUUUGAGAGAUUGCGGCGUUGAGGAACUUGCUUUUGCGGUUGCUGACCUUAAACUUCGAAAGUUUAGACCUCCAGACGAGAUCUUCGAGGAUUGGGGUAAAUCUUUUAUUAGCAGUAAUCAAGCUAAACUUGCUGCUAUUAAUACUUUUUCUUAUUACAAAAUUGGGAUCAGAUUGCUUGCUGAAUCUGAUGAUUAUCGUUAUUAA